AAGCUAAACUCCAAGCUUUCUUACCAAGCUUGUCUCUACACAAAUCUACACACGAGUGUCAAUAUCGAAAGUGCGUGUUUAUCGUUUCGUUAAAUCGUUUUAACAAACAAAAACAAAAAAAAAAGUCAAUCAUGUCUCUCGUACCGUUGCUGUUCUCCGACUGGUGGGAGGAUCUCGACAGACCCCAUCGCAUCCUGGACCAGGACUUCGGACUCGGCCUGCACCCGGAGCAACUCGUCUGUCCGCGCCGACUCGAGCUGUACGUGCCCCGUCGCUCGGCCCAGUACCAGCCGAACUAUCUGAGGCCCUGGGCCGAGCUGUUGCGCGGCGCCGACCAGGGCGGCGUCUCCACCGUCGAGGCCGACAAGGACAAGUUCCAGGUGACCCUCGACGUGCAGCAGUUCAAGCCCGAGGAGAUCGACGUCAAGGUGGUGGACAGGUACGUGGUGAUCAAGGCCAAGCACGAGGAGAAGCGCGACGAGCACGGCUGGAUCUCGCGCGAGUUCACCAGGAAGUACCUGAUCCCGGAGCAGUGCGACAUCGACCAGGUCGUGUCGAAGUUGUCCUCGGACGGCGUGCUGUCCAUCCAGGCGCCGAGGAAGGAGCAGCCCAAGGCCAAGAACGAGAAGGUCAUCAAGAUCGAGCACACGGGCAAGCCGGCCCUCAAGCAGCAGAGCGACGCCGCGCCCGCAGCGGCCGACAAGAAGGUCGAGCAGAAGAAAUAAGCUGCGGCUUGAAAUAAGUUCAAUCUAGAUAUCUUUCAAUUUUUUUUAUUUAGUUUUUUUAAGUUCUCGAUCAUUGUAUUUUCAUUUUUAAGAUAAAAAUUCAUCGUUGUAUGACUCUCUUGCACGUAAUGUAUGCAUUUCUUUCUUAGCCUUUAUUUCAAAUUAUUGCGUCGAUAGCAAUAUAGAGCGAGUGUGAUUGUAGAAGAUCCGAGCGAGUGUAAUUCAUCGAAAUAGUCAAUGUAAUUUUGAAUUGUUUAGUUCCUUUUUUUUUCACGUGAAGCCUAUAUGUGAUGAUAUUGUAAUUACGAUUUUUCUAAGAAAAUAAUAAAUAAAACCACAUAAACCGUA